UAUCAUAAUAUAUGCAAAUAUAUUAAAAUUUCAAUGGAAAAAUUGAACAAAAAUUAGAUAUAUCAAAGCAAAUAAAUUUUAUGGUAGAUGAGUAUUACACAUGACUGAACAAGAGGAUGCUCUACUAUUGGCUAGUAGACAAGGCCACUCUGAUAUUGUUUUUAAAAUAUUGUCAGCAGGAGGAGUUGAUAUAAAUUGCAAAGGUAAUUUUAAGGUUUAUCAACCUGAAAAACCAAAACCAAAACCAAAAGUAACAAAAAAAGGUAAACAAAAAUCCAAUUUGGGAUGGACUCCAUUGCAUUUAGCAUCCUAUUUUGGACAUCAGGAUGUUGUUGAAACACUGCUUAAGUUUAAUGCUGAUGUCAAUGUUAUAAAUGGAAUGGGUGAUACUCCUCUUCACCGUGCUGCGUUUACAGGCAGAACAGAUGUGGUCUUGUCUCUUCUUCAUUACAAUGCAGAUGUCUCUAUAAUUAAUGGUGAAGGAAGGACUCCAUUGUUGAUGACUGAUUGCCCAGAAGUAAAAAAACUUAUAGCAGCGGCAGAAAAGUCUCAACAGUUAUCACGAAAUGUAGCUUUGCUUCAGGCUACUACAGAUGGUGACUUGCAGACUGUAAAAUCAUUGUUGUCUAGUACUAACCCUCCAAAUAUCAAUUGUCAGAAUUUACUUGGUAACACAGCUCUUCACUGUGCUUCAUUUAGGGGCCAUAAAGAAAUUGCUGUUUUUCUUCUGCAAAAUGGAAUAGAUUCAACAAUAAAAAAUAAUAGAGGUUUAUCAGCAUUAGAGCUUUCACGUGAUCCAAAAAUGAGGCAACUUCUAGAUAUUCAUCCUCUGCAAACUGUUCAAAAGACAGUUGAACGCUUUGAAGGUUAUAUUAUGAAGAAAAGUCGCUUCUUUGGAUGGAAAAAACAUUGGGUGAUUUUAGAGCGUGGAAUUUUAUCUGCUUUCCAUACCAGAGCUGAUGCAGCUUCAGGCUUGAGAAGGCAGUUUUUUAAAUAUCUUGAUCAUGCAAAAAUACUGAUGCUUCAUGAAUGGAAACAGAAUCAAAAUUUUCACUUUUUUGAAUAUCAUAAUAUCAACACUUUCUUUGCUAAUCAAGAAUUUGACCAAAAAUUUAAGAUUCAAUUCUCAGAUCACACAGUUUAUUUUUUUAUGACAAAUUUAGGACAAGUUGAUUGUCAGAGAUGGCUAAAUGCAUUGAAUGAACAUUGUGCAUAUAGCACUCACUAUACCAGUCAACCCCAUAUUAUUCUCACAGAUGAACUUGAUGAAGAUUAUAUGCCACUUGGUUGCAUCGAUGAUGCUCUCAAGAAUGCCAAAGCUCAACAGCAAGUUUUGGGACAGCAAGUCUCUUCAUUAGCUUUAUAUUUUAACAGUUUGUCUGAUCAACAAAUUAGGCAAGGUACGGCAACUACAUUAAGGAUGAAACUUAGUGAGAUAGUUUCUUCUUCACAGGAAGUAUCAUCUACCCUGAAGCAUUGCCUAACUAUUCUUAUGCAACAAGAAGAGGUUCGUCGUGUUCAACUCCAAGAAGAAGCAGAAAAGCGUAGAGUAUUGGAAGAUGCACUUCAUGUAUUGGCAACAGAACAUUUUGUUCUUGAGCAGUCUGUUCGUCACAAAAUGAAUAGUCACGAUGAUGCUAUGGAUGUUUUCUAUGAUGCAACAGAAGCCAUGUCAGAUUGUGAAUAUGGUGGACCGUUUUUUAAAGAAGAUUCAAGUAAUGGAGAUUCGAAUAGUGGUAUCCAACAGCUAGAUGAAAGAGAAGUAUGCGAAAAUAUAAAAGAAGAAUGUAGACCAGUUAAUGGUGAGCUUCAGAUGUCUGAUUCAAUGACUCAUUCUAAUACAAUAUCUAAUCACAGGCGACAGUUACCACAUACUAUGCAUUCAAGAAAUGAGUUUAGUAUAUGGAGUGUAUUAAAGCAAGCUGUUGGCAAAGAUUUAUCUAAAAUGACAAUGCCAGUUAUUUUUAAUGAACCUAUCUCAUUUCUGCAGCGAAUUGCAGAGUAUAUGGAUUAUGGUUUUAUAAUGCAAAAAGCUGCAAACUUGCCUGACCCUAUUGAUCGAAUUGUAGAAGUGGCAGUGUUUGUUAUGAGUUGUAAUGCGUCAACUGAGGAUCGUGUUGGAAAACCUUUCAAUCCAUUACUUGGUGAAACCUACGAGCUAAUAAGAGAAGAUAUGGACUUCAGACUUAUUGCUGAACAAGUUAGUCAUCAUCCUCCAAUCAGUGCAAUAUAUGCUGAAUGUCCAAAAUCUGGAAUUGAAAUGACAAUGUCUAUGCAGCCUGACAUCAAAUUUUGGGGUAAAUCAGUAGAAGUAAAACCAAAGGGUCACGUUAUAAUUAAAAUACCAAAGUAUAAUGAUGUUUAUACAUUUUCAUAUGUCUCCAGCGGAAUACAUAAUGUCAUAAUUGGUAAUCUAUGGAUAGAGAUGUAUGGUGUGUGUGAAAUAACAAAUCAAAACACUGGAGACAGAGCAAUUUUAAAUUUUAAACCCGCUGGUUGGUUUGGAAAAGAUUUAAACAAGGUGGAUGGAUACGUUGUUGACAAAAAAGGUGUUAAAAAAAAGCUGAUUAAAGGAAAUUGGGCGAAAUUUGCCUGCUCUUGUCCAGCAGAUGAUGAAAAUGCUGCUCUUGCUUUAAAUGCAUGGUGUACAUCUAGAACUAUAAAUGACUUUACCCCUCCUGCUGGUGUUACACUGCAUUGGAAAGUGAAAUCAAAACCAAAGUGUUCUGCUGAGAUGUACAACAUGACAGAAUUCGCUAUGGGGUUAAAUGAACUUUUGCCUGAACACGAAAACGUCAUAGCACCAACCGACUCCAGAUAUCGCUUGGAUAUGCGAUGUCUAGAAAAUGGAGAUAUAGAGGGUGCGGCAGCCGAAAAACAAAAGCUUGAAGAAGCUCAACGCGAAAGAAGAAAACUCAUGCACAGUUCAGGAGAAAUAUGGAUACCAAUGUGGUUUUCUCUAGAAGAGAACGAAUAUCUUAAAUGCAAGGAGUGGUCAUACAAUCAUAAAUAUUUUAAAAGAAAUUAUAGAGAUUGCGUUCAAAUUUAUUAAAUUUCUAUGAUGCAUACAAUACUUUCGCGUCAAACGUAUGUUGUGUACAAUUCAACAAUGACUUGUAGAAGAUUGCUUUUAAAAUGCCAACUUAAAAUUUAGGAAAAAAGAAUUAUUUUUUUAUUAUUUAUGAACAGGUUUUGUGUACAAUUUUCUAUUUUAUACUAAUUUUUAAACUUGCAAUCAAUUAUAUAUGAUAGCGUUAUAUGCAGAUAGAGCUAUAUCAAUUUC